AUGGGUGAAUAUGGAAAACUAGAAUUUUAUGUGACAGCAAUUGUUUUAGCAGAACAACUUAUUUAUUUGUUUGGUGGAUUAUCAUUAAAUGCUACAAAUCAAGUUGUAAUCGCACCAAGUGUACAUGCAUUAAAUUUAAAUUCCUUAUCAUGGAAUAUUCCUAAUAUCGAGGGAAUUCCACCUAAUAGACGCAGAAACAUACGGAGUGUCUUCGAUAAUGUUGGAAAUAUGUAUAUUUUCGGUGGACUUACUGGACCAUAUUUUGAUUUACCAAAAUCAAUGACUAUCGAUGAGAUGGUCAUUUUAAAUCCGGUUAAAUUAUCUUGGAUAAUCAAUGCAAUAAAAUCAAGACAUCUUUAUUCCGCAACUUUAUUGACAAAUGGAAUUAUUAUAUAUAUUGGAGGGUUUGAAGUUGAGAUUGCUGACAUUAAGCAAAUAAUUCUUUACGAUACAAAUUCCUUAACUUGGUCAGAAAGAAUAGCGACAACUUCAAGCUUAAUCGAAAACCGAAGUGGACAUACGGCAGUAUUAGCGAUCGACAUUUUCAGCAACAUUAAUCAAAUUGCAUUAGCUCGUUCCCUAACUGAUCAACAAGGUUAUCGUGUUGUCGGUAAUAACCUUUGUAUUGAGCAGAUCGCACUUGAAGGAACAGUCGCUAAUUAG